AUGUUGAAUAGCUGCCUCAACACUAAAGUUAACUUCUCGAAGAGCUACUACUUUACACGCAGUUCACCAACAUUGAACAUCAACAACAACAACAACAAUAACAAUAACAACACAAACAAUGAACCACUGUUCAAUGAACAAAAAAGACAGACUAAGCCAACAACGACCGCACCAAACCCAGCACCAGAGGCCUUGAUAUACGAGCUUGAUUCAUCCAACUUUGCCGACAUCUGUCUCAAGUCGAAGCCUCCAGUUGUACUACUAUGUUAUACAGAAUGGAGCACUCAUUGUAAACAGUUGAUUACUACUUUGGAACAACAGGCAAGAAAUAACCCGGGAUCAUUGGUGAUUGCCAAGUUGAAUGUGGAGACACAGCAGGAGUUGGCCCAGAACCUUAGGGUACAGGAUGUGCCAACGGUGUUCUCACUGCAUGGUGGCAAGGUGUUGAGACAGUUCUCUGGCGCACCUACAAAGGAGGUGUUGGAUCAAUUCAUCGAUGACUUGCUGGCAUUGGACGACACAAAUGUAUCGAGGAAGUUGGUGACCAAGGCCGACGGCCUGUACAAUGCCGGCGACGUCAAGGCUGCCGCAGAGCUCUACCACAACAUGUUGACGGAAGAUGGAUUGGAGCUGACUGGCCUGAAGGGUCUGCUAAAGUGUGGCAUCAAGGACAACAACAAGGACAUGCUCACACAACUCAUCUCCAUCGUCAAGGACAAGUAUCCCGAAGAGAGCAGCUCAGUGCUGGUCAAGCAGGCCGAGAAGAUACUGGAGCUCACAAAGAUCGUUGAGGAGUGUGUGGCGUCGGACGCCGGUGGACUGGCGGGCCAGACCGUGGAGACGUUGCAGGAGGCGGUGCGUGGCGAGCCCAGAAACCUGGGACUGAAGUACCUGCUGGCCAUCAAACAUCUCCAGGCGGGCCAGGCUGAGCAAGCAAUGCAGCAGUUAUUGGACAGCAUCAAGAUUGACAAGCACCACAACAAUGAUGAGGCCAAACUCCUGCUCUUCAAGUUAUUCGAAUCAAUGCCAACCGACCCCCUCGUGCUAAAGUACCGCCAGCGAUUCUCCAACAUUUGGUUCCUGUGA